AUGUUCAGUAUGCUGAAUAUAAUCCUGGUCUUUCUAGCCUUUGAACUGCUGGGCUCGGUGGGAUUGGUCCAAGGACACUCUCUGUUCGCCAGGUCUAUUUCAAACGAUACCCUUGCCAACUUCCGGCUCUUUGCACAGUACUCUGCUGCUUCCUAUUGCGAUAACAACAACGACGACGGUAUCAUUGGCAGCAUAUAUUGUAUCGAAGGGGUAUGCCCCGUGGUCGAGGCAGCCAAUGCCCAAACACUUGCGGAAUUCAACCAGGAGGAUAUCCGCGGGUUCGUCGCAGUUGACGACACUCAUCGCGUUAUUGUUGUGGCUUUUCGCGGCAGCAACUCCGUGCGGAACUGGCUCAAGAACUUCCAAUUCUGGAAGAUCAAAGACCCCGGUCCAGGGGGAUUCUGGAACAAGUUGUUUGGAUCAGACAAACCUAAACGCGGCAACGACAUCUGCGCUUGUGGGAUCCAUUCUGGAUUUUAUAAGUCGUGGGAGCUCGUGAAAGCAGACGUUGUGGACGCAGUCUCCAAAGCCAAAGAGACUUACAAGGACUAUAAUGUGGUCAUUACCGGUCAUUCUCUUGGUGCAGCUAUUGCGACUAUCGCUGGUGCCCACUUUCGUACGAUCCAGAUACCCUGCGACAUCUAUUCAUAUGGUUCGCCGCGCAUCGGGGACGAACGGUUUGCUGAAUUCAUCUCAAACCAACCUGGGCUGACUUUCCGCAUCACUCACGGAUAUGAUCCGGUGACAUCGCUGCCUCCGAUGAGCCUGUUUGGGGUUUAUGACCUCGGCUACCGACACAGCUGGCCUGAAUACUGGAUUUCCGACUCAUCUACAGAGGGCACUGAUAUCAUUCAAGUGUGCAAUGGAAUGGAGAACCUGUCCUGCAACGGGACACGAGAAUCAAAAUUCGACUUUCAGAUCGAUGAUCAUAGACAAUAUCUAGGGGAAAUAAGCGCAUGUGGGCCGAAAUUCACGUAUCGGGACAUGGAAGAGACAUGGAGCGCUGAGGAUCUGCGUCGCGUUGGUACGUUCGCGAGCAACGAUAUGCUCUUCGCAGAUCAAUUCUUUUCCAACCGGAUCGGCUCUUAA